UUUUUGCGGGCCGGCGAAGCCGAUAUGGCGGCGGCGAACAUCGGGAUGAUGGAUGGAGCGUACUUCGUGGGUCGGAAUGAGAUCCUUACGUGGAUCAAUGCUACGCUUCAGCUCAAUCUCUCGCGUGUCGAGGAGGCUGCGUCUGGUGCUGUCCAGUGCCAGAUGAUGGAUAUGGUUCACCCGGGGGUUGUUCCAAUGCACAAGGUGAAUUUUGAUGCAAGGUCAGAGUAUGACAUGAUUCAGAAUUACAAGGUUUUACAGGAGGUGUUCAAUAAGCUUAAGAUAGAGAAGCAUAUUGAAGUCAACAAGCUUGUUAAAGGUCGUCCGCUAGAUAACUUGGAGUUCUUACAAUGGCUGAAGCGUUAUUGUGAUUCUGUAAAUGGAGGCAUUAUGAAUGAGAACUAUAACCCAGUGGAAAGGCGGUGCAAAGUAGGCAAAGAAAGGAAUAUCAGAGUUUCUCAAAAGAUAUCUAAAUCUCUGCAGGCUAACAACUUAGGAAAUCGUAGCAUAAUUGAUGGUUCCAAACAUGCAACCGUGGCUCCAAAUUCAACUCUGGAGAAUUCUAGUGCUUACAUCCUCGAACUAUCUGAGAAGAUUAAAGAAAUGAAGAUUUCAUUGGAGAGUAUGGAGAAAGAAAGAGAUUUUUACUACGAGAAGCUACGCUAUGUUGAAAUAGUUUGUCAAAAACCCGAAGUUGUGCAUCUGCCGUUGACAAAAGCAAUACUAAAAAUUUUGUAUUCCGAGGAUGAGAAAGAAUCUCCUCUUCCUGAAGCUGAAGAAUUCCUAAAUGAAUCCAUGGUUGCUGCUGAAAUUGAAGCAGAGCAGUCAGAAUGAUGACAAAACAACAACGCAUUUUAGUUUUUCUGUUGGCGGACUAAUAGUGUGUUCAUUCUCCCCAUUCUAACGAACACCACAUUCUGUUUUCAGUCUUUUUUUUUUGGGUUUUUCGUUCUUAUUAAUUUUGCCUUCUUUAGCUACUAACAUUUGUGGAGAUGGAACCGCCGCAGUUUCUAAUGAAGACCAUGUAAAGAUAGGAAGAGCACCCGCUUUCAUUCAUUUUUUCAAUUCUCAAUCAAAUAUCAAAAUUCAUGGUGAAACCCCAACCCCUAUCAUAUUAU